AUUUAUCAUUAUGUGGUGUGGAUUCUUCAUUGCGUGGUGUGGUUACUUCAUUAUGCCUUGUGGUUUCUUCAUUAUGUCUCGUUGUUACUUCAUUAUGUCUUGUGGUGUCUUCAUUAUGUCUUGUUCUUACUUCGUUUUGUCUUGUGUUUACUUCAUUAUGUGGUUUGUUCAUUAUGUGAUGUGGUUUGUUCAUUAUGUGAUGUGGUUUCGUGUUUAUGUUUUGUUGACUUCACUUCCGGUACAAAGCUCUAGUACCCAGGCUUUACUCGUUACUAGGAACUAGGUCAAACCGGUUUUAAGAGGGCCCCAGUUCCUGCUCUUCCUUGUUGUUAAAGAUAACAAAAUGGUGGAAGCAGGCAACCAUCACAUUUCGAUUAGCUUGUGAAGGAAGAAAACAUCAUGAAGAGUAUUCUGAAGGACCUCAAACUCUAGUCUCUUAUUCCGAAAUUUGCUGCCAAAAGAAUUGAGCCUGAAAAUGUAUCAGAGUUGUCCGAUGACGAGCUUGUACGUCUUGGUGUAACUACGAACGGGGAAAUCGCCCCCGCGCCCUUUGUGCUGACACCCAAAAAAAAACAUCAGUCUAUGGCUGCAGCAGCUCUUUGCGAAUGCGUAGCUCUUUUCAGCGGACGUAGUGGCAGCAGUAGAAGGGGUGGACGUGGUGAGAAAUGAAAAGUUUCUUCGAAGAGAGUUGGACAGUAACUUUCGUUUGUUUAGCCAGCCGCCAUCAAUCGAGAAUUCCGUCGUCGACAGAAAAGCAAGUGCUUGGGCGCGGCAUAAUGGCUCAGUCAAUUCCAAGCGUGCCAAUUCCCCUGGCAUUUGUUAGGUAUUUCAAUUCAAUUCAAUUCAAUUUUAUUUACACUUUUAUGAAAUAUUUACAUUAUAUAUAUACCUGGAUUUAAAACAAUAAAACUCAUUCAAAGGCCGAUUAAAAGCCUUUAUCUGACGCCGGGCGGUAUGUUAAUGGUCCCUUGAAGCAUUCCAACAGCUCCAAAUUUAGAAUGACGCAAAGCUACGCAAAUUUUAGAACAUUUAUUCAGUAAACUGAUUUCGCGAAGUUUCAAACCGGUGUCGUUUCAGUCUAGAAAUUUUCAAGUUGAGUGAGCUGCAGCGAAAGAGUGCCUGGUUAAGGCUUACAUAACAACUUACAUAGUUAGCAAAACACUACUUUUUUCGCGUGUCGAUAAACAACUGGAUUCCGCAUGGAAUAGACAACAAACUGAAUGAAACGUAGUACACAAAUUAUCACUUUCUUAUCUGUACAAAUCGGCCUAUGGUUCAAUGCCAUUAGAACCCGCUGAAACUAGACCUAGAUCCAAUUUUCCUGAGUCAAGAGUUGCUUUUCCAAGGUACAAUCAGCUAAGCUAAACACCGACGAAACAAUAUUAAUAGCUGGCACAGAUUAUUUUAGCCAAACUGCAGUUCAACCACGCGAUCACAUACCUGUCAACGCCAUGCGGAAAUCACGCAAUCACAUACUUUCGCGGCACUGAUAAGACUAUCCACAACCACGCAUUAUCUUCUCACGUUUAACAUAAGCGAAAUAUCAUCGAAUAACUCGGAAAAACUCAGCCUAUUGCCAGAUAAACACCUCUGGACUUUUCUCUUGCACUCGUCUUUUUCAAGUUCCCGGAUGUACAGUCACACGGUCCGCAGAUCACUUUAGCCUUGUUUUCACAUCAGAAAAAAAGUCUUGGCCCGCGUCAAAGUUCACCUGCAAUUUCGCUCUCAACUAAUUCAUUUGACUCCUAAGAGCCUGUUACCGAGGCCAAAGACUUAGUGGUCACCUUAGAAAAGCGAACAAUAACGUACCUUUCAGUCUCAGCCCGUAUCAGGGUGAUUGAUCCGUUUAGCCAAAUAAAACGAGAAUAUUUAACAAUUAUUCGCCGAAGGCGAAGUUAAUAUUGUUGAAUAAUCCCCGAGACGAAGUCGAGGGGAUUAUUCAACAAUAUUAACUGAGCCUGAGGUGAAUAAUUGUUUUAGUAUAUUCACACGAAGUGAUCUCAACAGAAUCAGAAAGGAAACCAUUAAAAAACGAUUAGUUUGAUUGACGGGUGAAAAUUCAUGCGUGAACACGAAGCCGUAAACAGUGAAUGCGCAAAAGUUAGAUCUUUACAGUAUCUUCAAACAUGGCAAAUGAUAGUUUUAAUCCUUUUGUAUCGAGUUUUGUAAGCUUUAGCAUCAACGGUUUAAAAGAAAACGCCGAAAAUUUAAAUUACUACCCAAUUCUGAGAAGAAAAGUAUCUAGAGCUUUAUUUGUUUCCGUCAACUCACAGUGAAUGAGAAAGUUUUCUUCGCCGCUUCUUACAAAUGCUGUCAACAGCGGCUGCGAUCAAGGUGAGCGUUGAUUAUCUCCAAAGUUCUUUGCCGUGUUAACUUGCUGGCACGUACAAUUUUCGAAAAUAUUUGCCUUCCUCUCUUCUCCAUAAAUUAACUCUAUUUAUAGGCAAAAUUGGUCUUGCGAGAAAAUCCCGAAAUCACAAAACAGUGACAAAGCGACCUCGUUUUCCUCUGUAGUGGUAAACAUAGCUUCGAGCGUACAAAAAGUCAGCUAAAGUAAACCACUCCACUAUAAAUCACGCUGUUUAAACACCAUGAAGUCUUUUCUUGCCUUCAAAGUCAUCAGCACUUGGAUAUUCGUGUAUUUUCAAAAAGGUUUUACUAUGAAACUUUGGCAAAACACCCAGUUCACGACAGCGAUUUUGUUCGGCUUUAUAUUCACCGCCUAGCGCGGUGAAUAUAACGUCAUAGUCCGAGAUAGCUAACCAAUCAGAUUGCUUGAAUUACCAAGAUCACUGAGUGUGUAUAUACUAAAAUACGAUAUUGGACGAUGCAGACUCUGCGAAUCGUAAUAACUUUGUCUCAUCUCAGAGCUUUACAUGAUACUAUCCGGGAAACUUUUCUCAAGGUGACUAAUAUCUAAAACUAAACUGCUAAACGGCACCGAAACCAGCUUUGUAACAAAGAAUUGUGGGUAAGGAAAAAAUAGGGAGGGGGGGUAAGAUAGUAAUUCUGUCUACAUCCACUUCUACACAAAUCCCUAACCACAAAACAAGCAAAAAAAAAAACACGACAUGAGCAGACAACACAGUAAACAAGCUAUUAGACAGGGGAAGUUGAGAAAAAUUACAAAAUGUUUGCUAACGCAGUUUUCAUAACUCCAGGUAUAUAUCUAGCCGGAUUUAUGAAACCCGUACCAUCGGGCUCCUGGAGCCCACACAUCUUAAACUGACUCAACUAAAACAAAUAUCGCCAAGAAACUCAGCUCUUACCCUUGGUUCUCUUAUGGUGACUCUUCAUCUUGGUUCCUGAUUAGCAAAAGAAACAAUCAAAUCCAUCAAAAAGACACUCUGGACUUGUCCAUACACUCUAGCUGCUUAAAGGCCCUAAAUGACGGAGGAUGCUUGAGACUAAACCAAGUUCUAAGCAGAGAAUUCAAGGUUAAAUCACCCCCCCAGCCUGGCAAGUGCUUGAGGGGAAUGCUUUCAUUGGCCAAUGGGCCUCAAACAUUACAAGAAUUUGACAUGACAAACUAAAGGCAGACAUGACCAGUGCACUGACUCUCCCAGAGCAAGACUAACGGAAGGUACCACGCUUUUGCAGCACCCUUCCCCGCUAGGGAUUGACAUGGAGGCCCCUUUCCAACCCAUGGCGUGUUAGCUCGGGGACUGAGCUUGACAAUGAGACCAACUAGGACAGCAAGCCCCCUAUGUUUUUUCUCACCGCAGUGACCAGAAACCUGGCUAUCGCCAGGUUCCUGUGCGAAUAUUCUGGCCCGUUUUGAGGUAUGUUUUCAAAAAUUCGGCUAGAUAUAGUAAGGUAAGGAAUACACUAAUAAAGGAGAACAAGAAGAAGGAAAAAAGAAAAUUAAUGGCUUGGAUAAGAGUGUACGGUGGUCAGAGGAGCUUAGCUUUCGAGCUAACCGUUUUGUCUUUUUUUUUUUGGGAAACUGAGCUGCAAAUGCCCCAUGGUGGGGACAGGCGUUCAUACAAAAAUUCCAAUGCCCCUCUCCGGGACAACACCAAAAUUGUAUUUUCCAGUGAAUAAGCUGCAAAAACCACAUUUAUGGAUUUCUAAUAACCUUAUCAAAACGUGUGAAGCGCCCUACGCAAAUUGCCCUUAGUCGCAUCCAUCUGAUUAAUAUCAAUUAUAGAACUGUAAACUAGAAUUUUAAUAAUACUUCUUAUUUUCGAAGACGUUUAAUAUAGUGAAUGAUAAAAAAAAAACAACCGAUGAGCUAUUAAACAUUUUCUCAUCAUAACAGAACUGUUUCGUCAGCGUAUUACUUGCCGCAUUGAUCGUACAGUACACGAAGUUUAUAUUAGCUCUCAAAUAUCUCGCAAAGUUUUUCUAGGCCUUUCUGCCUCAACCAUUCACGCACAAAGAAAGUGUCUUUCCUUUAAACUUAACUCUUUAAACGAUACUUUAAUUGUUUUUCCUCCAUGUGCCAGAUGUGCGAACUGAUCACGUAACGAUGGCGGCAGACAAUUUCCUAGACGGAUGCAACAAAUACUGUGGGAUAGGCAAGUGAUGGAGUGAAAACCAAACAUAUCUUUUUAAAGCAAAAUUAUUGAAAAUAUUCUUUGUAGAAAUAUAUAAAGCUAUCCAGCUAGGCAUAUUUUUAAGUGAAAUAUUGAAAAAAGAACGACGUUAACUCUUCUAGAAAAAUUGACAAUUUCCCCACUCCCGGCCAGACGUUUUCUGACAAUUUCCCCACUGCCGGGACCUACAACAUGAAUGGUUGCAAGCUCCCGCCAUUUUGUAAUCUCUAACAACGCGGAAGAGCAGGAACUGGGGCCCCUCUUAAAACUGGUUUAACUAACACCGCAGCAAAACGUCUACGCAUGCGUCAGGUUGAGCAUUUCCGAUCUCUUUUUCAGUCACACUUUCUAGUCAGAUAAAAGACUCGAUCCCGCGCGCUCUCGGCUUCUGUGUGCAGCGUGUGGUUCAGUUUUUCUGCUUCAUGCCGCUCGUGUUUUUGACUAUUUUGUAGUUAUUGAAAUUGCUUUUACGGAUAACCAGGUACAGAUCACUGAAACAAUUAGUCGAAUAGAUUCAGAAAAGGUAAGUUGAUAAUAAAUCAGUGGGUAAUUUUGGCUAGAGCGUCAGGUAAACUGAUUUUCAUUCACCAAAACAAAGUUUUUGCCUGUUAUUUUUCACUUAACCUGGCUGAAACUAAGACAUAAAAAGUUAUCAUUGCAAGCUUGUGUAUUGUAGUUCUAAUUUUCAGUUCUUCAGUUUCUCAGUCUUCAUGCCUUAUAAUUAAAGCCGAUUCGAGAUUUGUUUGGAAAACGACAACACACAAUCGCUUUGUAGUUUUAUUUACCAGUGAGUUUUACCGUGUUUUGAAACGAAACUCUUCUGAGUUGAUUGCCAUGAAACAUAUGCUUAAUUAUACUGUUGAGGUUUGCAGCAAGUUGAUAACUCUAUUUAUUUUUUUUCAUUCUCAGAAUCAGAGAGCGAAAGCUGGUUCGAUGGCUCUGGAAGUCGAAAUUUUCAUGCCUUGUAUUUAGCAGCUCAAACUUUCGUGUUUGCAUGAGAAGCAGCCGAGCCGCACAGUCUUCACUGACCAAAGAACAACCAUGUAAAAGAAUUAACUGGCAUUUUCUUGAAUGAAAGUCAUUUAUAGGCAUGUUUAGUUUCCCAGUACUGAAAGCUUAACUACUUCCUGGUAAGGAGUAAAGCCUGGGUACUAGAGCUUCAUACCGGAAGUAAAGUCAACAAAACAUAAAGACGAAACCACGUCACAUAAUGAACAAACCACAUAACGAAGUAACCACAAGACAUAAUGAAGUAACCACAAGACAUAAUGAAGGAACCACAAGACAUAAUGAAGUAACAACAAGACAUAAUGAAGUAACCACAAGACAUAAUGAAGUAACCACAAGACAUAAUGAAGUAACAACGAGACAUAAUGAAGUAACCACAAGACAUAAUGAAGUAACCACAAGAAAUAAUGAAGUAACAACGAGACAUAAUGAAGUAACAACGAGACAUAAUGAAGUAACCACAAGGCAUAAUGAAGUAACCACGAGACAUAAUGAAGAAACUACAAGGCAUAAUGAAGUAACCACACCACAUAAUGAUAAAUAA